AUGAGGAAGCCCGACGGGAAGAUUGUGCUUUUGGGGGACAUGAACGUAGGCAAGACGUCGCUGCUUCAGAGGUACAUGGAACGGCGCUUCCCCGACACGGUCAGCACGGUGGGCGGCGCCUUCUACCUGAAGCAGUGGCGCUCCUACAACAUCUCCAUCUGGGACACCGCAGGGCGCGAGCAGUUCCAUGGCCUGGGUUCCAUGUACUGCCGGGGGGCGGCCGCCGUCAUCCUCACCUACGAUGUGAACCACCUGCAGAGCCUGGUGGAGCUGGAGGAGCGGUUCCUGGGCCUGACGGACACGGCCAACGCCGACUGCCUCUUCGCCAUUGUGGGGAACAAGGUGGACCUCAGGGAGAAGGGGGCUGCGGAGAGCCAGGAGGAGGACGGACACAGCCCCGGGAUGGCCAGCGGCGGCUGCGCAUCGCUGAAGGUGCCCAAGCAGGUGCGGCCGGAGGACGCCAUGGCGCUUUAUAAAAAGAUCCUGAAGUACAAGAUGCUGGAUGAGAAGGACGUGCCGGCCGCUGAGCAGAUGUGCUUCGAGACCAGUGCCAAAACUGGGCACAACGUGGACCUGCUGUUUGAAACCUUGUUUGAGAUGGUGGUGCCCAUGAUCCUGAGGCAGAGAUCCCAGGGGCCAGCGCAGACUGUCGACAUCACCAGUUACAAGCCACCCGGACGGACCAAGGCUGGGUGCUGUGCCUGACUCAUGGGGCCCCCAACCCCAGUUUACACGAUUGGCAGGUGUGUGGCCACCGAGCUGUGGUCAGAAGGGGCACAGAAAGUCAACGAGUUACUUUGUGACGGCGCCUGGAGGAGACCCGAGCGGAAGGAGCAGCUGGUUAUGAGGAGAAGGUCAAUGUGCACAGUUGCCUGCGUCUCCAUCGCUGCCUGGGGAGGUGGGGAGCAAAUGAAUCAUCUACAGAAAGCGCUCUGCUGAGCCGAGGCUGCUGGAGGCCUGUGCCCUCGCGGCUCCCUUCCUGACUGCCUGGCUCCCCGGAGCCGUUGCCUGGCCGUGUGCACCUGUCGGCACCUGCACACCUUCCCGCUUCUUGUGCUCAGAUGUCCCACUUCACUGUGAUUUAUCUUUGGUCCCUGUAUCUUGAGGCAUCAUAAUGAUUCUCGAUGUGAAUUUAUAUGAAAUCAGGAAUCACCUUUUUUAUAUUGGUUGCAGCAGCGUGAGCGACACAUAUUAUUAAAGAGGAUUUGA